CGUCCGCUGCUGCUGUCGCCGCCGCCGUUGCCGCGCGCGCUCUGCGCAGCCAUCUUACACCUGGGCGCGCACCCCGCGCACUGCAGCGAACGAGCGAGCGAGCGAACCCCGGCCGGCGCCGCGAUGGUGAAGAGAAAGAGCCUGGAGGACGGGGAGCAGGAGAGCUGUCGCGGAAUCCCGUUCCCGAUACAGACUUUCCUGUGGAGGCAGACGAGCGCGUUUCUCCGGCCAAAGCUGGGCAAGCAGUAUGAAGCCUCCUGCGUGUCCUUUGAGAGAGUUCUGGUAGAGAACAAGCUCCAUGGGCUCUCCCCAUCGCUGUCAGAAGCCAUCCAGAGUAUUUCACGCUGGGAGCUGGUCCAGGCGGCGCUGCCCCAUGUGCUCCACUGCACUGCCAUCUUGCUCUCCAACAGGAACAAACUGGGCCACCAGGAUAAGCUUGGUGUUGCAGAAACUAAGCUGUUACACACUCUCCACUGGAUGCUGUUGGAGGCAGCACAAGAGUGCCACCAGGACCUUAGUUUGGGACAUGGCUGGUUGGCUGGCAGUAGCAAUGCCUUCCAGCAGCCUUAUGGCAACCAAGGCUCUCCAGAAGCCAGGCCAGGCCACAGCAGCUCACUGGACGAGGAUGAGCAUGCCCGUGCCAAGCUCUUCCACAAGAACAUGGCCACCGUAGAACUCUUUGUCUUUCUCUUUGCCCCACUCAUCAACCGUAUCAAGGAAUCAGACUUGACCUUUAGACUGGCCAGCGGCCUGGUGAUUUGGCAGGCCAUGUGGGAGCAUCGGCAGCCUGAGGUCCCGAUCUUCUCUGCGCUCAUCAAGCCUGCACGGAGCAUUGUAACAGCUAAGAGGAAUUCUCCAUCCAACAACCAGUGCAAUCCACGAGUGCCCAGCAACCCUGGACCUAUGGGUUUUCAGGUUGUAUGUGAAACUGCUCAGUCAGAUUCUUCUCCUGCCCUGGCUGGCAGGCAGAGUUGUCGUCGUGGCAACUCUGUGGAAGCAGGAGGCCCUUCCCAGCAGGUUCCCCUUGACGAAGGGGUCUUACGAAAGAAGUCUCCCACUGCCAUUCCCAUGGGGCAGCGCUCCCGUUAUGCUACCUACUUUGAUGUUGCCGUGAUGCGCUGCCUAUUGCAGCCCCACUGGACAGAGGAAGGCGUACACUGGGCACUCACCUUUUAUCUACAGCGCCUUCGCCAAAUCUUAGAAGAAAAGCCUGAGCGACCUACUGAGCCACUGUCGGUGCCUCUGCCUCGCCCUCGCAGCAGCUCUAUGGUGGCAGCUGCACCCUCUCUGGUCAACACACACAAGACUCAGGGCAUGACCUUGAAGUGCAAUGAGGAAGAGAAAUCCUUGAGUGCUGAGACCUUUUCCAAGGUAUCCAUGACCAACCUAAGGAGGCAAGCAGUCCCUGAUCUUGCUUCUGACCUAGGGAUGAACAUCUUCAAAAAGUUUAAGAAUCGGCGCGAGGACCGGGAGCGGAAGGGCUCUAUUCCCUUCCACCACACAGGCAAGAAGCGCCAGCGUCGCAUGGGAGUCCCCUUCUUACUCCACGAGGACCAUCUUGAUGUCUCGCCCACCAGGAGCACCUUUUCUUUUGGCAGCUUUUCUGGCCUGGGGGACGAUCGCCAGCGACUAGAACGCGGUGGAUGGCAAGCAACCAUAAUGGGGAAAUUUACGAGGCGCGGCAGCUCUGAUACGGCCACUGACAUGGACAGCCUGAGUGCCAAGCACUCGCACUCACACCACACCUUGCUGAGGGACAUGCCUGACCACUCCAACAGUCACAGCGACAACACCGUCAAGGAAGUUCGCUCCCAGAUCUCCACCAUCACCAUGGCGACUUUCAACACCACAGUGGCGUCCUUUAAUGUGGGCUAUGCCGACUUCUUCACGGAGCACAUGAAAAAGCUGUGCAACCCCCUGCCACCUACUGAGCUUCCCACCGAGCCACUGGCCUGUACCAACCUGCCUCGCAGUCUUACUGAUUCCUGCAUCAACUACUCGUGCCUAGAGGAUGGUGAAAACAUUGAGGGCACCAACAGCUUCAUCCUGAAGAAUGGAAUGCUGGACCUGACUGCUGUAAUACGUGCUCUGUACUCCGUGCUGGUCCACGACAUCAGCUCUCGCAUCUGCGAUGUGGCACUCAACAUCAUUGAAUGUCUGCUUCAGCUGGGUGUGGUCCCCAGUGCCACAUGCAAGUCUGGCAGGACCGAUGACAAGGAGAACAAGGAGGCCCGCCCAAAGGAGAACGCCAACCAAAUCUCCAGUGUUGCUCAAUGGAGCAUGUCUGGAGCCACUGGCGGUACGCCUGGUGGAGGUGGUGGUGGUGAUGGUGGUGGUGGUGGAGGGGGUGGAGGUGGAGGCAGAGGAGGUAGUGAAGAUGAGGUUAAGAAUAACAAGGACAAAGAGACCAAGGAGGUUGGUUCUUCUCUGAGUACACACCGUCUGGCCCUCACAAUGCUUAUCAAGAUUGUGAAGUCUCUGGGCUGUGCGUAUGGCUGCGGUGAAGGCCACCGUGGUCUCUCGGGGGACCGUCUGCGCAUGCAGGCCCAGAGCUGUCUGACCAGGCUUUACAAACUGGACAAACUACAGUUCCGCCAGACCAUGAGAGAGUAUGUCAGCAAGGACUCACUUAACAACGUUGUGGAUUUCUUGCAUGCACUGCUGGGCUUCUGCAUGGAGCCCAUCACAGACAAUAAGGCAGGGUUUGGAAACAACUUCACCACAGGGGACAGCAAGUCUGUGGCCCAGAACAUGGAGGCUGUGGUUGUGGGCUGCAUGUUCAAGUCCCUGAUAACACGCUGUGCUUCCACCACCCAUGAGCUGCACAGUCCAGAGAACUUGGGCCUGUACUGUGACAUCCGCCAACUAGUGCAAUUUAUAAAGGAGUCCCAUGGCAAUGUGUUCCGGCGAGUUGCGCUGAGUGCCCUCCUGGACAGUACUGAGAAGCUCACCACCACAAAGAAGACAGAGGAGAAGGAGGAGGCCAAGCCCACCGGGCCCAGAAGGUCUGAGCCAGGAGCUGCUGGAGAGAAGGGUCAGCCCUCCACUACGGCAGAUGAGUGCCGGAGUCUCAUCUCCAGCCGCCCUCCACAGACUCCCGAGCAUGAAGAGCAGAUCCCAGGGGCACUGCUGGGCAGGAAGGACUUCUGGAGGAAGAUGUUUAAAUCCCAGAGUGCAGCAAGCGACACGAGCAGCCAGUCGGAGCAGGACACGUCCGAGUGCACCACAGCCCACUCGGGUACCACCACAGACCGGCGCUCGCGAUCCCGCUCCCGCCGCAUUUCCCUACGCAAGAAGCUCAAGCUACCCAUUGGCAACUGGCUGAAGCGCUCGUCCUUGUCCGGUCUGACAGAUGGUGUGGAGGACUUGUUGGACAUCAGCUCUGUGGACAGGCUGUCCUUUAUCCGGCAGAGCUCCAAGGUUAAGUUCACCAGUGCAGUGAAGCUGUCAGAGGGGAGUGCAGCAGAGUAUGGCCGGGACGAGGAGGAGAAUUUCUUCAAGCGGCUCGGUAAAUGGCGGUCCGGCCGGCGGAACCCAUCCAAGCUCCACCACACAGAAGAGAAAGAUGGGUGCCACGGGUUCCAGGAGCGGCUGGCUGCAAGCCAAGAGGCCAUGAAGAACAAGAAUGUAGUGAACCUUGGUGCCAUCAGGCAGGGCAUGAAACGUUUCCAAUUCCUUCUCAACUGCUGUGAGCCAGGUACCAUCCCAGAUGCUUCCAUACUGGCAGCUGCCCUGGACCUGGAAGCUCCUGUUGUAGCGCGGGCCUCUCUCUUCCUGGAGUGUGCACGCUUUGUUCACCGAUGUAACCGUGGAAAUUGGCCUGAGUGGAUGAAGGGCCACCACGUGAACAUCACUAAGCGGGGACUGUCCAGGGGCCGCUCCCCCAUAGUGGGCAACAAGAGGAAUCAGAAACUGCAAUGGAACGCUGCCAAACAUUUCUGCCAGUGGGCUGAUGCCAUUGGCACACGUCUGAGUGAGCUUUGUCACUCGGACAGCGAGAGCCCUGCAAACAUCCUUGGCUUUAUAUAUGAUGAGGAGACCAAGAGACGUAUGCGUAAAGAUGAUGAAGAGGAGGACUUCCUUGAUGACAAUACAGUGAACCCAACAAAGUGUGCCUGCCCAUUUGCCCUGAAGAUGGCAGCCUGCCAGCUGCUGCUGGAGAUUACCACGUUCCUAAGGGAAACGUUCCCAUGUUUACCUCGGCCUCGUACUGAGCCCCUAGUGGAUUUGGACAGCUGCCGGUUACGACUGGAUCCAGAGUUGGGUCGUCACCGGUAUGAGAGGAAAAUCAGCUUUGCUGGAAUCCUGGAUGAUGAGGAUGGCCAUGACUCCCUGAACAGUAGCAGCCACACCCUCAAGUCCGACACAGGAUGUGAUGACAAAAAGUCGCAGGAGCCUCUGGCUCCCAUAAGAAAGAUUCGCAUCGGAGGCUCCCGCCAUCUGCAAAUCAAGGGUGCCCAAAGCUUCCGGGUGAAGAAGGGUGGCUCCCUGUCAUCUAUUCGUAGAGCUGGCAGCCUGAAGAGCACUAAGAUGUCCCGGCAAGAUUCGGAGUCAGAGAAUGAAGAAGGACUGUUGUCCCAGAGCAGAGAUACAGUCACAGACAUUGGAAGCCCAUGGAGCACAAGCGAGCCCAGCAUUGAGCCAGAGGGUUUGAGCAGUGGUGGGCUGGAGGACAACUACCAUCGUAACAUGUCAUGGUUGCAUGUUAUGAUCCUGCUGUGCAACCAACAGAGCUUCAUUUGUACCCAUGUGGACUUCUGCCAUCAACGCUGCUACCAACGUCACAAUCGCUCCUGUGCCCGACUUGUGCGAGCCAUCAAGCUGCUGUAUGGUGAAACAGUAGACAGCUUGCGUGGUGAUGGCUAUGCUGUCAACAUUGGGACCCGUGCUAAGAAGUCAAAAGAGUGCUCGGACAAGUCUUGCCUCCGGACGCCAUCCAUGAAGAAGCGGCCCUCAGACAGCAAUGCUGAGGGGAAGAAGGACACUGGCAUGCUCAAAUACAUUCGCAACCAGGUGAUGAGCCUGUCUCCAGCACCUCUGUCCUUGCUCAUCAAAGCAGCACCAAUUUUAACAGAGGACAUGUAUGGAGAUGUUCAGCCAGCAGCCUGGGAGCUUCUUCUAAGUGUAGAUGAGCACAUGGCAGCUGCAGCUGCUGCCAUGUUCCUGCUGUGUGCUGUGAAGGUACCUGAUGCAGUCUCUGACAUGAUGAUGGCAGAGUUCCACCACCAGGAGGCAAGCCAGCGGAUUAAUUCGGUGCUGAAAUUCUACACACUAUGGCGGUUUCGGUACCAGGUGUGGCCUCGAAUGGAAGAGGGAGCUCAGCAGAUCUUCAAGAUUCCUCCACCUAGCAUCAACUUCACGCUGCCCUCCCCAAUUCUGGGUAUGCCAUGUGUUCCCAUGUUUGACCCACCCUGGGUACCCCAGAACACAGGGAGCGUCCAGGAUCCAAUCAGCGAGGACCAGUCUAAAUCCUUCUCCGCACGAGCAGUGUCACGCUCCCACCAGCGAGCUGAGCAUAUUCUGAAGAACCUACAGCAAGAAGAAGAGAAACGGCGCUUGGGCCGUGAAGCUAGCAUCAUCACAGCUAUCCCCAUCACUCAGGAGGCAUGCUAUGAGCCCACCUGCAGCCCACCCCCAGAGCAGGAGGAGGAAGUAGAAGAAGUGGUAAACCUGGCUUCCCGCCGGCUGUCUGUUAGCCCCUCAUGUGCCUCCAGCAACUCGCAUCGAAACUAUUCCUUCCGCAGGGGCUCUAUGUGGUCUGUGCGCUCCAUUGUUAGUGCUGAAGAUGAAGAGAACACCACAGAGCACACACCCACCCACCAUGUACUGCAGCCUCCCCAGGCAGUGUUCCCAGCAUGCAUCUGUGCUGCUGUGCUGCCCAUCGUCCACCUGAUGGAGGACGGAGAGGUACGGGACGAUGGCGUCGCAGUGAGUGCAGUGGCUCAGCAGGUCCUGUGGAAUUGUCUGAUUGAAGAUCCAGCGCUGGUGCUCAGACACUUUCUGGAGAAGCUCACUGUCAGCAACAGACAGGAUGAGCUGAUAUACAUGCUGAGGAAGCUGUUGCUCAACAUUGGGGAUCUGCCAGCUCAAACGUCUCACAUUCUCUUCAACUACCUGGUGGGACUUAUAAUGUACUUUGUGAGGACGCCAUGUGAGUGGGGCAUGGACGCCAUCUCAGCCACGCUGACUUUCCUGUGGGAGGUGGUGGGCUAUGUGGAGGGACUCUUUUUCAAGGACUUGAAGCAGACAAUGAAGAAGGAACAAUGUGAGGUCAAGCUGUUGGUCACAGCCUCCAUGCCAGGAACCAAGACCCUGGUGGUUCAUGGACAGAAUGAGUGUGACAUCCCCACCCAGCUGCCUGUGCAUGAAGACACACAGUUUGAAGCACUGCUUAAGGAGUGUCUAGAGUUCUUCAAUAUUCCUGAGGCUCGGUCUGCUCAUUACUUCCUCAUGGACAAGCGCUGGAACCUUAUACACUACUCAAAGACCUAUGUGCGGGAUAUAUACCCAUUCCGGAGGUCAGUGUCUCCCCAGCUGAACUUGGUUCACAUGCUACCAGAAAAGGGCCAAGAUCUAAUCCAGAAACAGGUGUUCUCUCGGAAGCUGGAGGAGGUCGGCCGUGUGCUGUUCCUCCUUGCCCUCACACAGCACAUGCCCUCAGUACACAAGCAGUCCCAUGUCUCUAUGCUGCAGGAAGACCUGCUACGCUUACCCUCCUUCCCACGCACAGCCAUUGAUGCAGAAUUCUCCCUCUUCAGUGAACCCCAAGGCAAGGAGCUGUUUGGGCUGGAUACUCUCCACAAAGUGCUGUGGAUCAAACUGCUGGAAGAGAUGUUCCUGGGCAUGCCUAGUGAAUACCCCUGGGGAGAUGAAAUUAUGCUGUUCCUCAAUGUGCUCAAUGGAGCCCUUUUGCUGCACCCAGAGGACAGUGCCCUCCUCAGGCAGUAUACUGCCACUGCCAUCAACACAGCUGUGCACUUCAACCACCUCUUCUCCCUCAGUGGCUACCAGUGGAUAUUGCCCACUAUGCUGCAGGCUUACGCCGACUACGAGGGCAAUCCGCUGCUGCGCCAAGGCAUAGAGUUCUGCUGCCGACAGUUCUAUGUCCUGCACCGUAAGCCCUUCAUCCUGCAGCUGUUUGCCAGUGUGGCCCCACUGCUGGAGUUUACGACCAGCACAAGCACAGGGCUGUCAAAAGGCGUGUCAGCGCAGUGCCUGUUCGACCUGCUUGUGUCCCUUGAGAGAGAAACCCCAGACACUCUGGAUGCUCUGGAGCUGGUCAAGGCUGAAAAGCCCUUACGCUCCCUGGAUUUUUGUUAUGGCAAUGAAGACCUUGCCUUCUCCAUCAGUGAAUCAAUCAAGCUGUGUGUGACUGUGGUAGCUUAUGCACCCGAGUCCUUUAGGAGCCUGCAGAUGCUGAUGGUGCUAGAAGCCUUGGUCCCCUGUUUCCUGCAGAAGCUGAAGAACAACACCAUGGCCCUGGAGUCUGCAUCAGCAGCCCGCGAUGAGAUUGCAGCCAUCGCUGCCCUCGCCACCUCCCUGCAAGCUCUGCUGUACAGCGUGGAAGCCCUCACUCGACCUAUGACAGCACCCCAGAUGAGUCGGUGUGACCAGGGGCACAAAGGAGCAACUGCUGCCAACCACACCUUGUCAGGAGGGGCCAACACCAGGUGGGACAACCUGCACCUUCUGGAGGAGGGACAGGGCCUGCCAAGGGAGGAGCUCGAUGAGCGCAUUGCACGUGAGGAGUUCCGUCGUCCUCGUGAGUCCCUGCUCAACAUCUGCACUGAGUUCUACAAACACUGUGGCCCACGGCUGAAGAUCCUGCAGAAUGUAGCGGGGGAGCCACGCGUCACAGCCCUGGAGCUACUAGACGUCAAGUCCCACAUGAGGCUGGCAGAGAUUGCCCACUCGCUGCUGAAGCUGGCCCCCUAUGAUACACUGACCAUGGAAAGCCGUGGCUUGCGGCGCUACAUCACAGAGAUGUUGCCCAUCACAGACUGGGCUACCGAGGCAGUUCGGCCUGCCCUCAUUCUCAUCCUCAAGAGACUGGACCGCAUGUUCAACAAGAUCCACAAGAUGCCCACGCUAAGGUGCGCUCGCCCGCAAGCUCUGUGCACCAGGAGACAGGUCGAGUGGGAGGCUGCAAGCAGUCUGAUUGAGGGCAUCUGCCUGACCCUGCAGCGCCAACCUAUCAUCUCCUUCUUGCCCCAUCUGCGUUCUCUCAUCAAUGUGUGUGUUAAUCUGGUGAUGGGUGUUGUAGGUCCUUCCAGUGUGGCAGAUGGGCUACCCCUGCUCCACCUGAGCCCAUACCUUUCACCCCCUCUCCCCUUCAGCACAGCUGUGGUUCGCCUGGUGGCUCUGCAGAUACAGGCUCUAAAGGAUGACUUUCCUCUCAGCCAUGUAAUUUCACCGUUCACCAAUCAGGAGAGACGGGAGGGGAUGCUGCUCAACCUCUUGAUUCCAUUUGUACUAACAGUGGGGUCAGGAAGCAAAGACAGUCCACACCUGGAGCAGCCUGAAGUGUUUCUGCUCCUCCAGACUGUUAUCAAUAUUCUUCUGCCACCACGCAUUAUCAGCACAUCCCGCAGCAAGAACUUCAUGCUGGAGAGCUCGCCUGCCCACUGCUCUACCCCAGGUGACACGGGCAAGGACCUGCGUCGGGAAGGUCUAGCUGAGUCCACUAGCCAGGCUGCAUACCUUGCUCUCAAAGUGGUGCUCGUGUGCUUUGAGAGGCAGCUGGGGAAUCAGUGGUACCGCCUCAGCCUGCAGGUGAAAGAGAUGGCCCUACGGAAGGUGGGCGGCCUGGCCUUCUGGGACUUCAUUGACUUCAUUGUGCGCACACGCAUCCCCAUAUUUGUCCUGCUGCGGCCCUUCAUCCAGUGCAAGCUGCUGACCCAACCAGCUGAGUCACAGGAGGAGAUUACAGCCCGCCAUCACAUCGCUGACCAGCUGGAACGUCGCUUCAUCCCCCGGCCCCUGUGCAAGAGUUCACUCUUUGCCGAGUUCAACAAUGAGCUCAAAAUCUUGAAGGAGGCUGUUCACAGCGGCUCUGCCUAUCAGGGCAAGACAUCCAUCAGCACAGUGGGCACUUCCACAUCAGCUUACCGGCUGAGCUUGGCCACCAUGUCACGCUCCAACACAGGCACGGGCACGGUGUGGGAGCAGGACAGCCAGCCGUCACGCCAACCAUCACAGGACACACUGAGCCGAACCGACGAGGAUGAAGAAGAAAAUGAUUCUGUGAGCAUCCCCAGUGUGGUGAGUGAUCAUGAGGCCUUCAUACCCAGCAUCAUUACCCAACGCCGCUUCUCCAGCCAUGCCACAGGAAGUUGUGCCUCACAGCCAGAGCCUGGAAUGAAUACUAUGCUGCCCAGCCACAGUGAACCCAAUGUGCUAGAUGAGUCCCAAGGGAUGCUGGAGGAGGGUAACCUUUCUAGGGUGGCCAGCGUGCAGAGUGAGCCUGGCCAACAGAACCUCCUUAUCCAACCACCUCUUGGUCGCAAAAGAGGUCUGAGACAGCUACGACGCCCCCUACUGUCCAUGCAGAAGAUUCAAAAUGAACCACGUGGUCGUCCUGGAGCUCGCCUCUCCACAACACGAAGGAGCAUUCAGCCCAAAAACAAGCCUUUAGAAACUUUAAUGGACUGCGAAGCAAACACAGAGCAGAAGAGGUCAGUCACUUUCACCGAGUCCCAACCCAGUAUAGCCGUCACCUCCCCCUCAACAUCCAGCAAGGGCGUUCCGUCUGAGAGUAAAAGGCUGAGCCCUGCCUCACCUGCCUCACCUGCCUCCCCUGCCUCUUCCUCUGCAACCUGCACUGCUGAUCUGCACGACCCUACCUGGAGUCAGGUGUCUGGUACACCUGAAAGGAGUGAAAAGAAAGAGCAGAAGGGGUUUUGGAGCACCUUGUCCCCUUCUCCCCGUUCAACCCCUACCCCUCCAUCCUGUUCUCCACUCCCUCCCCCUCUUCCUGUCCUGGAGACCCCGAGCCAUAUUGCAGAUAGCCCGGAGGAUGAGGAGACCUCGGUCCUGCUGCAGCACUCCGACACAUUGCUGCACAUCAGUGAAGAAAAUGGCACAGAGAACCCUCUGCUGUCACCACUACUAUCUCCCCUGCCUCUCUCUCCUGUUGACCUGGACCUGGAUGAGUCCCAUGUCUGAGAGCUUUGCAUUUCUCAGUCUACCUGUCACUAAUAACAUAGAAUUGCCCCUCUGUCCUUUUUGUCUCCUUCAUGCAGCAUAUCAACAUGAGAUACCUAGAUGAGGUGUUUUCAAAACACAUCAUAGCUAUGAUUCCUGAACAUCUCACGAAGCCUCCAAACCCUAUCAUUCGAGCUCAUUCUAGAUACAUAACCAAUAAUGUGGGCUAGUCCUAGUAGUAUGUUCCUGUUACUUGAUGGCACAGUCACUGUCACACAGAAAUGAAUACACCUUUACUGUGCAAGACAUUACACCUCUUUUUUUCAGUCAUUUGGGGUGGUAGAAUAUAGCUGUGAUGAUGUACCACAUCCGACUGAAUCCCCAUAAUGUCAUGAGAAUCCUGUCUCUACAUUUGACCAGAAAGACCAUUGUUCUUUUGUGCUUACCUUGUUUUUAUCUGUCAUGCCAUGCAGAAAGAAGCAUUGGUUGUCCCUGCUUCAACAGUAUUUCUACUGCAUAUCUCAGUAAUUGUAGCUAUAUAUGCACCUGGGCUUUCUAAUGCAGUGACACUGCAAAAAACUGGUGGGGAAAGACUCUGUGAAGGGAUGUUUACGGGUGGCAUUAAGCACUACUGGGUUCAGCUGGUUCGUUUGUCCCUCCACCUAUACAUAAAAUUUAGAGAAAAAUCUUUUUUUUAAGCUGAACAAAUGCUGUAGUAAUCAUUUGGUAACGUUUGCAUAAAAAUCAUAUUGUGUAUAAUUCACAUAAGAGUAUUAAAGAAAGUUGAUAUUUUGUUAUUAUAGAUGAAAUAUAUGAUUAUUUUAGAUAAUAUUCAUAUUUUCCUGCCUAGAUAACUAGUCCAUUUUAUGAUACAUAUAUUGGUGCCAGCACUGUAAUGAGUUGUGUAGUUGUUAAGAGUUGGUACCUUGCAAUCCAGUCUGAAUCUCCACUGCCGCUGAAGUAUCAUUCAGCAAGGCACUUCUGAAUUCAGUAAAAAUUACUCAGCUGUAUCAUUGGCUAAAUCAUUGUUAGUGACUUACUGGUCACAAUUCUUAGUGUACAACUGGAAGCUGCCUUGGACAAUGGUGUUAACGUGCUGAAUGGUUGUUGUCUUUUAUUUCGUUAGCUUACGUGUGGGACGCAGUGGUCCUUAUUUUGUGACAAGUUACAGGGACAGCUGACAGAGAAUGUUUUUAUAAUAGGCUCCCUCAGUUCCUUCAUGAGUUACCUCUCUUUUACCCAUGCCUUAAACCUAAGCCAUAGGAAUAUACCUAAACAGUCACGUGGAAAUUACUGUAAUUGAUUUUGCUGUAUCUGGUGUGUCUGAGAGGGACUGUGGAAUGAAAGGUAUUGACUAUUGAAACAUAUACAUAAGUGAUGUAUUGUGGGUGUAGCCUAUCCAUGCAGCCAAGUUUUUAGAGAGUGAGAAGUAACAGACAGGGGUUCUCAGUUUGAUUGAAAUAUGUUUCAUAAUAGGAUCUCAUUUUUGUGUUGUGUCCAGAUUCCAGUAAAGGAGGAAACAGAAAAUUUACAUUGAAAGACUGAUGGAAUGUUCUCAUCCUGGAAUCAUCUGUGUGUACACACAGAUACCCCCCUGCACUGUGACCAGUCUAGUUUUGUGAGUGUUUCCUGGGCUCUCAUCUUCAGUGCUUUUGUACUUCAUGACCUUUAGACUGGAAUUUAGCAUCUUCCGGACCUUUGUCCAUUUUGUUGACGUGUCCUGUUUUCUGACUGGUUCUAUAAGCAUUUUUUAAUUACUGCAUACUAAUAUUGAAGUGUACUGUAGAGUCUUAAAUCAGUGUAUUAUUUGCAGUGUGUCAAUUUUACCAUUUGAAUAUCAGUUCCACUGAAAUAUAUUUUCCUCAAUGUAGGACAUGGUUCAGAAAAUGAAUGUUGAAAAAGUAAAAAGCAAACAGCCCUUCUGCACCUUAGCAAUCAGAGUUGAAAUCAUAAGCAGUUGGUUAUUCAAUAUUAUAAAUGUGAGUUUAUGUAAUACUGUUGUAGUUUCUCAUUUUAAUUCUCAGACAGGGCUGUGACUGUAGAUUCAAGGAACCACCUAUAGGACAUACAAGUAAUCAGACCUUGAACUGGGUCAGUGUGGGCUGAGAUUGGAGUUUGA